AUGAGUGCAAUUGUCCCUAGGAUCAGCAAGACUUGUUUCGACAGAAGUGUGAGAUGCCUUACUUUCUUGAGGACUCGAACCCUGCAUGUUGACUAUCCAUCUGCAGCCUGUCUUGUUUCAUCUGGACCCAAUGGCUACAUUUUUUUCUGGAAUGUCUUGAUUGGAGGAAGAGUCUUUGCCAAGUUUGAGGCAUCCAAAUUCAAACUGCAGAUUACAAAAGUGACAGUGACCAAGGACGACAGCAAGUUGUAUUCUGGAGAUGAAGUGGGCUAUGUUUAUAUCUAUGACAUAAAGACAUAUGCUAUUCAUCCAGAACACAAAAAACCAAAGAUUGAAAACUACUGGCGAGCACAUAUCAGUGGCAUAACAGGAUUAGAGAUUUUGGAUAAUAGUUUAGUACUCACUUCCUCUACUGACUGCACGGUACGGCUAUGGACAGUCUGUGGAGAAUUUGUAGGAACUUUUGGGCAGCCAGAGGCCUGGAGUUUAUAUAUUCCAUCAUCCUGGAAACACCCUGCCGUGCCCUAUGACAUUCUGAUAGACCCUUUAAGUAUGCCCAGUCACUGCACUUUGGACACAGAAACCAGCACUGAAGACAUCCACACACAGGAUCAAAACAAGUUUGAAUCCCAAAGUAAGCUGAAAUUCCCUCCACCGUUCAUCAGUGAUGCAGACAUUGAGACAGAAAUAAAGAGCCCCCGUUGUCCAGAGAAACUUGGGAAACGGCUUCGUCAUGAAAUCUUCAAAAAUGCUAACCAGUUUCCCAACCACGGAGGACCCAAAGCAUAUCAUACACUUAAGUACUUUGAUAUUGCACCGACUUCAGCUAUGUGUGAGCGACCUGAUCUUUCACUCGCUGGAACUGAUCCAUUUAUAUCAAACUCUUUGCCGGAGGAGCCACAGUAGUCCUAGUGCAUUAUGUUGUGGUAUCCCAGAGAUCACCUUAUCAUUUGGACUGAU